AUGUUCUCCCGCACAGUAUUCUCGGCCUUCCGCCCCAUCGCGCGACCCUCGUCGCUCAACACUCUCCGUGUCCCCGUCGCACCUCGCACCCCGGCCGUAUUCGCCAUCCCCUCCGCUCUGCAUGCCCGUCUGCUGUCCUCCGAGACCCGCGCCGCCAUCGACAAGGCGGUUGCCUCGGCGCCCGUGGUGCUGUUCAUGAAGGGUACUCCCGAGACGCCGCAGUGUGGCUUCUCCCGCGCGAGUAUUCAGAUUCUGGGUCUGCAGGGCGUGGAUCCUCAGAAGUUUGUGGCGUUUAAUGUGUUGGAGGAUGCGGAGUUGAGACAGGGCGUCAAGGAAUACUCCGAUUGGCCGACGAUCCCCCAGCUGUACGUGGACAAGGAAUUUGUGGGUGGGUGUGACAUUCUCAUGAGCAUGCAUCAGAACGGCGAGUUGGCCAAGAUGCUCGAGAGCAAGGGUGUUCUCGUGGCGGCGGAUCAAUAA